UUCCCGUUCUUCCUCUAACUGCCCAUAAGGGAGACACUUGCAUUUAAUUGGAAAUUUUAGCGUCGAGUUAGCAGGAUUAAGAGAGAUUUAGAUCAUUCAACAUGAAGAUUGCUGUUGAAGGCUGCUGUCAUGGUGAACUGGACAAGAUUUACGAGACGCUGGAGCACUUGGAAAAGAAAGAGAACAUAAAAGUUGACUUGCUCUUGUGUUGUGGUGACUUCCAAGCCGUUCGAAAUGAAGCUGAUCUGUCUUGCAUGGCUGUUCCACCAAAGUACCGACACAUGGAAACAUUCUAUAAGUAUUAUUCCGGUGAAAAGAAGGCGCCUGUGCUUACUGUGUUCAUUGGAGGCAAUCAUGAAGCCACAAAUCAUUUAUGGGAACUUCCCUAUGGGGGCUGGGUUGCCCCUAAUAUUUACUACCUCGGUUAUUGUGGGGUAAUCAAUUAUGGCGGAGUUAGAAUUGGAGGUCUCUCUGGUAUUUACAAAGGCCAUGAUUACAACAAGGGGCAUUUUGAAAAGCCGCCGUACAAUGAAUCCACAGUUCGCAGUGCAUAUCACGUUAGAAGCUUUGACGUUUUUAUGUUGAAACUCAUUUCCCAGCCCAUUGAUAUAUUCAUGUCACAUGACUGGCCUGUAGGGGUUUAUCGCCAUGGAAACCUUGAAGCAUUAUACAAGUUUAAAGAAUUUCUCAGGCCAGAGAUCGAGAACAACACUUUGGGAAGUCCUCCCGCAGGAGAGCUCCUGACUUUGCUCAAGCCAAAGUACUGGUUUGCAGCACACAUGCAUGCUAAGUUUCCAGCACUGAUACCACAUGAAUGCCAAGAUGGUGUCAAGUUCACAAAGUUCCUUGCCCUGGAUAAGUGUCUCCCAAGACGUGAGUUUUUACAAGUGAUUGACGUAGGUCUUGCAACAGCACCUCUAGAGCUAACUUAUGAUCCUGAAUGGCUUGCAGUAACAAAGCUUACAACUGCACUCAACAACUUAACACCAAGGCUAACUGUACUUCCAAAUUCAGAACAAAUGUUACGCUUUACACCUGAUGAUAAGGUAAUUGAAGACGUCGUCAAAGUGUUUGGCAAUCCACCAAAGAUUCCAGAGAAUUUUCAGAUUACUACAGCUCCAUACAACCCAGAGGAACCCAAGAAAACAAAACUGAAUCAAGUUCUUCCUGUGAUAAACCCUCAAACAGAAACCUUUUGCUCCACACUUGGAAUUAUUAACCCUUGUUGUCCAGAGAAGACUGCUACUCCUUGCCCCAAUCCUGAGGAAAUUGAUCUGAGUGAUGGUGAUGAUGAUAAUGUUCUUGAUGGAAACCCAGAUGAAAUCGACAUUGAUGAUAAUGAUGAUGAUGAAAGUGGAGCUGUGACUGUUGGUAACUCUGAUGCUGAUAAAAACAUUGGUGCUAACAGCAAGAACAAACCGAAUCAAAAUCGACCUCGCCUUGAACUUCCAAGGCCUAUGAAUUCUUGUUCUGGAGACAUAGAUCACAGUGUGAAUUUCACAGAUGAUAAGUCUUUAGCAGACAACGGAACAUCUGAUUGUAAGGAGCCUGAGGGGAAAGUUCAGGAUAACUCUGUUUUAGAACCUCAGAAGAAGGUCAUGAAACUAAAACGGAGAAAUCAGUCACUUUACACUUCAAAUGAUAAUGAGCAAGACAGUGAUAACUGAAGUGUUUUCUCAUGUAAAGUUGUUAAAUUCAUUAAUUUUACUUGAUACUAGGUAUGGUGGUCUAAUAAGAAGCAUGCGUGUUGUGUUGCAGAUUUAAGGUCUGUUAGUGAUCCCUUUGUUUUGUUCUUAGGCAGUAUAUUUGCUUUGAUUCACCAUAUCUGUACCUCUCUCUACCAAGGGUUAUAAACCAGUACAUGCAACAGUCUGCUAAAUGUUAUUAUUAGGCCAGCAUGCAUGCCUCAUGUACAUAUUUUUGUUUAUGUGUGAUGUUGUCCCACAUGGCGGUAACUAGUAUACUUGCUAUAGGGAGAUUCAUGCUGAUGUCAUUGUUUACAUUGUUGCUCAUUUGCAUAUGGCUUUGCCUACAGAAGGAAACAUGUUCAAUAUGAAUUGACUCCAGGCAGCUAAAGAGCUAGUGAAACUUAAUACA